CCCUACAGCAGGCACCGAACGACACCGCGCCUCUCACAUUACCGCGGAAAGUGCCGCGGAAAAGUGGCAACUCCCUGGAUGCCGAAAAAACGCAGCUCAAAAUAGACUCUUCUAUUUCCGAACAAGUGCGACCGCGUGCUCUGGUGGAUCUGACGUGUGCCCCGACAGCCGCCCCCGGGGGCAGAUUCUCUUAUUAUUUUUUUUUUGAAAAGUGAAAUCAUUUUUGGGAAAUAUUAUUCGCGAAAAUGAUCGACUGGGUGUCCAUUGUGCGGCACUCGCGCCGCCGCUUUUCCAACUACAUGUACGCCGUGCCCAACAAGGUGCGCCGCCGUCAGGCCAAGAUGGUGCCGACGGAGCAGCCGCCCCCGGAGGCGGUCACCACCCCCGACGGUUGUGCUGGCGCAUCCAGCUGCUGCAGCAAGCCGAGGUACGCGCCGGACGAUGAUUUAUUGACUUCACAUUCCCCGCAACAUGAGCAGGGUCACGUCAUCCUGCGAAGUGAUAAUUACGCUCAGAGCAAUGAUGGCUGGUCCGAGAAUGAAAAUGUGAACGGUGGUAGUGGAGGCGGUGGUCACCUGGGCAGCUCCGUGGGCUCAUUGGACAUGGCGCCGUCUUCACCCCAAACCCAACAGCAAGAGAACCCCGAGUACGUCACUGAAGACAUCUGUCUUGAGCGUGGUGGCGCCGGACUGGGCUUCAGCAUCGCCGGUGGCACUGACAACCCUCACCUGGCAGGUGGUGACUCGGCCAUCUACGUCACCAAACUCAUCCCCGGUGGCGCAGCAUGGGCUGACGGCCGCCUGAGGGCCAAUGAUGCCAUUCUUAAGGUGAACGAUACCAACGUGGAAUGUGUGCCGCACGCAGCAGCUGUCGAGGCUCUCAAACAAGCUGGCAAUACCGUCAGACUGUUUGUGCGACGACGUGCCCCUUCCAGAAGUUCUGGUGUCAUCGAGAUCGAGCUCAUUAAGGGCACCAAAGGUUUGGGCUUCAGCAUUGCAGGCGGCAUCGGCAACCAGCACAUUCCUGGUGACAAUGGCAUUUAUGUCACAAAGAUCAUGGACGGCGGCGCCGCCCAGGCCGACGGACGCCUCAGCGUGGGAGACAAACUUGUUGCUGUCCGCAACACUCCAAAUGGGGAAAGCAGCCUUGAAAAUGUGACCCACGAAGAGGCAGUCGCCGUUUUGAAACAGACCCAGGACAGAGUGGUCCUGCUGGCAUGCAAGCCCACGCAGCCCUCGUUGACUGUGACAGACGCCCCCAGGCCGCCCCCAUCGCCUUCACCGCCUCAAGCGUUCCGCCAGGAGUCUCCGAACCCUGUUCGAGAACUCCGAGAAGAACUGCCGCCAAUGAGGUACUCGGAAAGCCUCACUCCGCUGGGCAUGAUGCCUCCUCCUCCGGCCCGAGCAGUCAGUGAGGAAGACAUUACUCGCGAGCCGAGGACCAUUGUUUUGCAGAAGUCGCCCUCAGGAGCGCCUGGAAGCUCUGGCGGAGGCUUGGGCUUCAACAUAGUUGGCGGAGAGGAGGGAGAAGGAAUUUUUGUCUCCUUCAUUCUGGCCGGUGGCCCCGCUGACUCGGGUGGCCAACUGAAGAGAGGAGACCAAAUUCUUAGUGUAAACGGACAAGAUUUGACCACUGCCACACAUGAAGAGGCAGCCCAGGCCCUUAAGGGCGCUGGACACACAGUACACAUAGUGGCGCAGUACAAACCUGAAGAGUACAACAGGUUUGAGGCCAAAAUUCAAGAGUUGAAACAACAAAUGAACCAGCAGCUGCUGUUGGCCAGCAGCAACCAGAAUCUGAAUGCGGCAGCAAAUAGUGCAAAUAAUGCAGGCACAGGUACUCUUUUGAGAACCUCGCAGAAAAGAUCCCUAUACGUUAGGGCACUUUUUGACUAUGAUCCAAGUAAAGACGACGGACUUCCAUCUCGGGGGCUUCCUUUUAAGCACGGGGACAUUCUUCAUGUGGUUAAUGCCAGCGAUGACGAGUGGUGGCAGGCCAGGCGCCUCCCAUCAAAUGGAGACUCGACGGAGCCUCUAGGUCCGUUAGGAAUAGUGCCAUCAAAGAGAAGGUGGGAUAGAAAGCAAAAGGCCAGGGAUAGGUCAGUGAAAUUCCAAGGACAUAUUGCCACAUCCAAUGACAAGCAAUCCACUUUGGAGCGCAAAAAGAAGAAUUUCUCUUUCAGCAGGAGAUUCCCAUUCAUGAAGAGCAAAGACGAAAGGUCUGAGGAUGGAUCUGACCAAGAACCCUUCAUGCUUUGUUACACUCAAGAUGAGGCUCAACACGAAGGUGAGAAUACUAACGCCAAACUAACCCCAUCCAAAGCUUUAAUUUUCACCAAUAUUUUUAAAAUCAUUGAUAUGUACUUUUGCAAUACAGGUAUGGACGAUGACGUCGGAGGAAAUGUCUUGUCUUACGAAACCGUGAGGCAGGUCACUGUCCAGUAUGCAAGACCUGUCAUCAUAUUGGGUCCUCUCAAGGAUAGAAUCAACGACGAUUUGAUAUCUGAAUUCCCUGAUAAAUUUGGAUCGUGUGUCCCACACACAACGCGAGCAAGACGAGAGUACGAGGUGGAUGCACGGGAUUAUCACUUUGUCAGUUCACGGGAACAAAUGGAGAAGGACAUCCAAAAUCACAUGUUUAUCGAAGCCGGUCAGUAUAACGAAAACCUGUAUGGAACAUCGGUGGCCUCCGUGCGCCAAGUGGCUGAGAAAAUGAAGCACUGCAUUCUGGACGUGAGUGGCAACGCCAUCAAGAGACUACAAGUAGCUCAGCUUUAUCCCAUCGCAGUAUUUAUCAGACCAAAGUCUGUUGAGUCCAUUAUGGAAAUGAACAAAAGAACAACUGAGGAGCAAGCAAAGAAGACGUAUGAGAGGGCUCUGAAAAUGGAGCAAGAAUUCGGAGAGUACUUCACUGCUGUUGUUACUGGCGACACUCCAGAGGAAAUCUAUGCGCGCACGAAGGAAGUGAUCAGUAGCCAGUCUGGGCCAAGCAUUUGGGUGCCAUGCAGGGACCAGCCUCUGUGACACGGGGAGUCGGCGCCUAGCCGCAACCCUUCUGCCGACCACUGGGUCAUGCCCUCACGAUAGACAUACAUCACCCUUUUUAAUGAGUCCUUCCAAAAAAAUGCCCAGAUUGUAUUUGUUAUCGAAAAUAAUAUUGGACGCCCCCUGCUCCCAUGUGUUUGUUUUUGUAAAAACAGUAAGUCUGUCACACUAUAUUUUUUAAAUUGUUUAUUUUUAAUUUGUAUUUUCCAUGUUGUUGAUACUUAUUAAAUGUAACUGUGGAUAAAUCUGUGAGUGUCGGAAGAAUUAGAAGAAUGCGUGCCCAUUUGUUUUUGUGUACUUUUAACCAGAGGGACAUUUCUCGUAUCCUAACAUUUGUAUCAAGAGGAUUAACACGUUGGUCGAAUUUGAACCAUGAGCAUUAGAUUAAAGAAAAUAUUGCCUUCAAUCUGUCAGAAUAUAAAUAAAAAAGUAUCAACUAUGAAACCAAUCUGGUGCAUUUCUUGAGAAUAUUUAAGCUCAAAUUAUUGUUAGCUGCUGAGAAUCAAAAGAAGAAUGAAUUUUCGGGACACGAGUGUAACUUUAAAAUCUGCUUAACCUCCCUAAGAAUCUCCCUUCUUGCCUACAUACUUGUAAAAAUUGAUUUACAAAACUUGAUUAAGAUCUUAAGAAAUUUAAAAGUUUAAACGCAGCCCAUCUUCGCAACUAUUGUAACAAUUAUUCCAUGUUUUGUCAACAGAAAAAUCUUCAUGACGGAGAGACUGUGCUGUUUCCAAUUAAAAUUAAUCUUACUGCCAGUUAUUUUGAAUCUCCCAAAAUAGCCUGCCCUCUUGAAAUAUAUUGUUAACGUUCAAGAUAAUGAAAAAAUAUUAGCAUAUAUAAUGAAUGUUACUGUAAUGGUAAGGAUUAAUUGCUACCUGCUGUUACGUCCUAUUGCAUCAACAGAUGAUUUUAGCAAAAGUUAGAGACAAUGAGGGUUAAGUUGAAAAUGAUUGUUUGAUGUCCUGAAUAAUAUUGAGUAUUACAAAGAAUUGUUUCAAGGCUGUAAAAUGAAAA